UAAUGACAGUGCACUGAUGAUCUUUGGAUGCCUUGUCUUAAAUUUUAAACCUCUCAAAACCGUCAGAGGAGACUAAGUCGGUCCAACGUUCUGCAAAACAAUUCUAAAUAUACCUUUGCCAUGUGUCUUGAAUACAGACGUCACAAAGCUCGGUCAUGGUGCAGACACUACGAAGCAUGCCCGCAUGCAGGGGACUUGUAAAUCCUUAUAGAGUGGGGUAAACAGUACUCCGCACAACGGAUUGCCUUGUUUAGGCCACUUCUACUAAAUAUAGGGUGACCUGAUCUAUUCGAUCCACCAUUCUUCAAUUUCAAGUUGUACUGCAUAAGAGACAAGCAAUCCUCUGUGACUUGAGCUACUGUCUUGCAUCUUUCAAGUUCAUAGGACAUCGUUCAAUCCAUAAUGGCGUUACGAAUAUCUGGCAGAGCACUUGCUCCAUCAGCCUUGAGAAAUACAACUGUUUUGCCCGCCACUUCGAGGAAGCAAUGGGUUCGACAUUACGCGACACCAGUCAAGGACCAAGAGAACCGAACUGCAAUUGUCACCGGAUCAGCGCGUGGAAUCGGUAAGGCAAUUGCCCUUCGACUAGCACAAGACGGAUAUGAUAUCUGCAUAAACGACAUUCCAGCAAAUGAACCAGGCGCAAAAGAGGUGGUUUCCGAGAUCAAGAAACUGGGCCGAAACGCCUUCAAUUUCUCCGCCGAUGUAUCCAACCUCAAGGAGGUGGAGAAUCUUGUACAGGCCUCGGUUUCGGAGCUUGGCCCAUUGAAUACCAUGAUUUCCAAUGCUGGCAUUGCGCAAGUCAAACCUCUGCUGGAGCUGACUGAACAGGACUUCAAGCGCAUGUUCGAAGUCAAUGUCUAUGGGACGUUCAAUUGCUAUUCAGUUGCUGCAAGGCAAAUGAUCAAGCAAGGAACUGGUGGGAAGCUGCUCGGAGCUGCGAGUAUCGUUGCAUUCAAGCCGUUUGCGCUAUUGUCUCACUAUUCGGCCUCGAAAUGGGCGGUUCGCGGCUUAACGCAGGCAUUCGCUAUGGAGAUGGCUACGCAUAAAAUUACCGUCAACGCUUACGCGCCAGGAAUUGUAGGAACGGCUAUGUGGGAUCUGAUCGAUGAGAAACUCGGCGAAUUGAGCGGUGCAAAGAAGGGCGACACCAUCAAGAAGUACAGCUCUGAGUUGAUUGCUUUGGGGAGAACCAGCGAGCCAGAAGAUGUGGCAAAGACUGUGAGCUUCUUAUCAAGCCCUGAUUCGGAUUACAUGACAGGCCAGACAAUCCUGAUUGACGGCGGGAUCAUUUUCACAUAA